AUGAGCAUCCUCCCUCUGCCCCGCAGCAAAUGCGAUGACGAGCUCUAUGAGCGGCUGAAGGAAUUAAUCAAGAGUACCGUUGACGAAAGACUAUUCACAACGCUUUGUACCUACCGCGGUGGGGGAAGUUUGUCCGACGCUGUGACUGAUGACCGAAUUAUGUCUGAAGUCCAGGCGAUUGUUGAACGUUAUUUCAUGCUGUGUAACCAAUUGAUCGAUGAACACGGUUUGGUGGUCUGUUUUGAGAACCAGCAGGACCAGAAAGAAAAGUGUAAGCCGCUGAUUGAGUCCCUGACUCCCAGUGAGCUUAAAUCUGACCUUCACAAUCGGAUCCUCGAGAAGGCGUUGAAAUUGGAUCGCGAUUUUCGUCGUCGUCAAACGCUCUCGCUAUGA